AGCGGCUUCAAAACCAAAGUCGUUUUGUCAGCUUUCCAUUUUCUUUUUCUUCCAGAAUACCAUACAGGAUCUUGUUUCUGUUCUGCUCGAAAAAUGGUGAGCAAGUCUCAGACUGCAGCUGACAAGGCCGGUGAUGAAGCUCCGCAAGCCUAUGCUGUCGAGAAGAUUCUGAAAAUGAGAAAAAGAGCAGGAAAAAUGGAAUUUUUACUCAAAUGGGAGGGAUAUCCAGUGAAGGAGGCGACGUGGGAAGCAGAACGUGAUUGCGAUUGUGAGGAUCUGAUCAAGGAGUUUCUCAAAAAUAGCGUAGUUCAAAAAGGUUUGAAAUCGAAGCUUAGGGGCAAGUCAAGGAAAGACAUUACUGUUAAGCUAACGAAGAAGAUACAUUAUGGUGCGAGAAGAGCCACUUUAAAAGAGAUCAAAGGAGUUGUGUCUGAGAGGAAACGAACUCCGAACAAGAAGCAGACAACUCCGAAACCUAAGCUCGCAUCCUCUGCCUCCUCAAAAAAGGAGGUCACCCCGAAAUCAAAGAAAGAAAACGGAGAGAAGCCACCUGUUCCUUCAAAGCGACGAGCCUCUAUUUCGCCCAAAUCUCUGUCGUCUGCAAAAGGAAAAACCGAAGAGAAGAAACCGAGGAAAGAAACUGAAGUAAAUGAAACGCCUACAACUACAGUUGCACUUCAGGAAAAAACUUCUGCGCCUCCAUCUGGUGAACAGAGAAGUUCCGUUCGGUCCAAGCGCCUCAGCAAUAUCCGAGCUCUGCCACCUUCUAGAGACGGAUCCUGUAUCAGCGAUGAAAGUUCUACGCCUGUCCGUUUUCUGAAAUUAAAAAGGAAAAAUGACGAAAUUGCAGCGAAAAUGAAAGCGUCCAAUGUUAGCUCCCCUCCAAAAGAUCAAGUGUACAAGGUUCAGCAGGGGCAGAAGAUCGAGAAGAUCGCACCGCGCCUCAGCAUCAAAGAAUGGAAUAUGUUCCGUCGAAGAUUCUUCGCAAAUAUGCGAUGGAGAAAUUUGUCGAUUUCCUCGAGCAGCUUGUGGAGCGAAACGUCACCGAAUCAAAGGACUAAGAGUCUCGAAAAAAGUGUUUCUGUAAUCUUAAUCGUAUGUUGAAUGCUACUAAUUUUCACAUUCGUAACAGUGCAAAACUCUGCGAAGUAUGUCCCAAUCUUUCAUUGACAACUUACGGGAAUGUUUCUGAUCUGAUCUAUCAGUCUAGUAUAAUCACCGGUGUAUUUUUUCAAAUUUCGCAUGUUGUUGAAGC